AUGCGGGAUACGGUAGCACUGAAGCUUAUCUUCAUCAUCGUCAUUGUCCAUCUGCUUGACGUUGAGAUGGAAAUCAAGGAUUCCUACACCGAAGUCGUCCGCGCCAAGUACAAGACGGACUUUCACGUCAUUAAUAAGUUCCAUGAGACGCCGCGACCAUUUUAUGCCAGGAUUGACGACGCGCUACGGUAG